ACGCUGGGACCUCGGGGCGCGGGGUAGACCCAGGCAGCGGCAGUAGAGCAGAGUUCUGAGGAGGAGCCCAGUGGCGCCAGCGUGAAGAUGUCCGGGCCUCGGGUCCCCAAUGAGCGGCCCACCGGCCCCGGGGGCGUGAAGCGCGGGAGGCUUCAGCAGGAGGCAGCGGCCGUGGGCUCCAGGGUGACCGUGGUGCUGGGCGCACAGUGGGGGGACGAGGGCAAGGGCAAGGUGGUGGACCUGCUGGCCACCGACGCCGACGUCAUCUGCCGCUGCCAGGGAGGAAACAAUGCUGGCCACACUGUGGUGGUUGAUGGCAAAGAGUUUGAUUUCCACCUGCUACCCAGUGGCAUCAUCAACACUAAGGCUGUGUCCUUCAUUGGCAAUGGUGUGGUCAUCCACUUACCUGGCCUAUUUGAAGAAGCAGAAAAAAAUGAGAAGAAAGGUAAGGGUCUGAAAGACUGGGAAAAAAGACUUAUCAUAUCAGACAGAGCCCAUAUUGUGUUUGACUUUCACCAAGCAGUUGAUGGACUCCAGGAAAUGCAACGUCAGGCUCAAGAGGGGAAAAAUAUUGGUACCACAAAGAAAGGAAUUGGACCAACAUAUUCUUCAAAAGCUGCCCGGACAGGACUUCGCAUUUGUGACCUUCUUUCAGAUUUUGAUGAAUUUUCUGCAAGGUUCAAAAAUCUGGCCUAUCAAUACCAAUCAAUGUUUCCUACUUUGGAAGUGGAUACAGAUGGACAGCUCAAAAAACUCAAGGUCUUAGCUGAAAGAAUCAGACCCAUGGUACGAGAUGGAGUAUAUUUCAUAUAUGAAGCUCUUCAUGGCCCUCCAAAGAAGAUUCUUGUGGAAGGUGCCAAUGCGGCUCUCCUUGAUAUUGACUUUGGCACUUACCCCUUUGUGACUUCAUCUAAUUGCACCGUUGGGGGAGUGUGCACAGGGUUGGGGAUCCCGCCACAGAAUGUGGGAGAGGUGUUUGGUGUGGUUAAGGCCUAUACCACCCGCGUGGGAAUUGGUGCUUUUCCUACUGAACAAAUCAAUGAAAUUGGAGACCUGUUACAGAACCGAGGCCAUGAGUGGGGGGUGACCACUGGCAGAAAGCGGCGCUGUGGCUGGUUAGACCUUAUGAUUUUGAGAUAUGCACACAUGAUCAAUGGAUUUACUGCACUGGCAUUAACCAAACUGGAUAUCCUGGAUGCCUUAGAUGAGAUUAAAAUUGGGGUUUCAUACAAGCUGAAUGGAAAAAGAAUUCCAUACUUCCCAGCUAAUCAGGAAAUACUUCAGAAGGUGGAAGUGGAAUAUGAAACGAUGCCUGGAUGGAAGACAGAUACAACUGGAGCCAGGAAAUGGGAGGAUCUUCCUCCCAAGGCUCAGAAUUACAUCCGGUUUGUAGAGAAUCACAUUGGUGUAGCAGUUAAGUGGGUUGGUGUUGGAAAAUCAAGAGAGUCAAUGAUCCAGCUGUUUUGAACAAAGAAAGAACUUCAGUCCUGAGAAGCACAAUUUAAGUCAUCUAUCCGCCCAAGACCACAGUAGCUAUUCUGUUACUCAUCAGACUCAGUUGAAAAAAGAUUAUGAAAAAAGAAUAAAAAACAUUUUCUGUAUUUUUAUAAAUUUAUUCAAACCUUCAGGUUUCAAGUUCCAUGGUGAUUUAAAAGAUGUUUGGAAAUCAAAGUUAUACAAACACAAAAAUUUCAAAUCUUCUGGCUUGGAAUGAAUAGAAGGAAUAAAAAUAUUCAAUGGAAAGAGGCCUGAAAGUUGGAAGACUUUGACUCUAAUUCUGGCUCUGGCACACACCUUAUGGGUGUUUGAACAUGGGCCUCUCUGGACCUGAGUUUCCACAACUGUAAAAUUAGGCGGGUUAGAGAGUGAUCUUUAAGACUUCCCCGUCUCUUGAUUUUAUUUCCAUGUGGGUACUUCUCUGCUACUAUGGGGUCAUGGAAAGGACAGGCAACUUGUUAACAAGAGAGCUAGGUUAAAUUCCUGAUUAUAACACUGUAUGACCACAGGCAAAUCACUUCCCCUAUUGGUGCCUUUGUUUCCUUGCAGAUAAAAUACACAUCUUACCUACCUCAUAGAAUUAUUGCAAGAAAGUACUUUUACAUAUAAAAGCACAAUAGAAAUGUGAAUACUUCUUCUUCUUAGCAAUAAGCAUUUAUAUGCACAUAUAUAAUAUAUAUACACAUAUGUUAAUUACCAAAGGACAAGAGCCAUUACAUGCAAAGGCUUAAUACAAUUUUAAUCUAUUUUCAGCACUAAAAGGCCAUAGAUAAAUUGCCAUCCUAAUUCUUCUGCUGAAGAUUUUCUGUGAGUUCAUCAGGGCUUUUUCUGAUUCACAAAGAUAAGUAGUUUGUUUUCCAUUCUAGUAUUAGAAAAAUCAACAAACAUUUGCUGAGUGCCUAUUAUGAGUAAACAUUGUGCAAAAACACUGGGGAUAAAACACAAACUGAGACAGUCUCUUCAAAGAGCAUGCAAAGACACAUCGCAAAUAAAACAAUGGAAAAUGGAACAAUUCCACACAAGGCAAGUUCUCAGCUCCAUUGUUAGCUAGCUGUGUGAUCUUGAGAAAGUCUAUUCCUCUCUGAGCUUUAAUUUUAUCCUUUACAAAAUAGGGUAGUUGCAGUCUAUGUGGUCUCUAAAGAUCCUUACAGCCCUAACACUGUGAAUACUCAAUAAAUAGCCAUUGGCAUUAAAAAAUAAUAAUAAUAAAGAAAACAUCGGGUUUGGAGUCAGAGUA